CAAUUUAAUUGAUAAAGCUUGGGAUUCAACGUUGCAUAUAGUUGAGCCAGUCUUUGGGUACUCCACCAUCACCAUUCUCUGCUUCUCUUUCUCCUGUUCCUCACAGCCAUAACUUUCUUCACCUCUGCUUCAUGCUGUAACCAAACUCAAAACACCAUGUUUCCAAUAUUCAUCAUCUUCACAUGUUGUUCCUACGCACUCUUCAACACAGUAGACUCAAUUUCCUUCAACUACACCACUUUCCAACCAAACCUUUAUCUAAUACAUUUCGAGGGUGAUGCCUUUUCCUCAAACGAUGUUCUGCAGCUCACAAAGAACCAGCUCGAUGGCCCGAUCACAAGAAGCGUUGGUCGAGCCUCGUUCGACCAACCUGUGAAGCUUUGGGACAGAGAAACAAAUGAGCUAGCAGAUUUCACCACCCAUUUUUCAUUUGUCAUGAAAUCUGUUAAUGAAUCGCGAUACGGUGAUGGCUUAUCCUUCUUCAUUGCUCCAUUUCAAUCUUCAAUCCCAAACAACUCAGCUGGUGGGUUCCUUGGUCUGUUCAGCGAGGAAUCAGCAUUGAACACUAGCAAGAAUCAAAUAGUUGCAGUUGAGUUUGACAGUUUCAAGAAUGACUGGGAUCCAAGCUCGAAUCAUGUUGGAAUUAAUGUUAAUUCCAUCGAAUCGGUUGAGAAUGUGACUUGGAAUAGCAGCAUGAGAAACGGGAGAGUUGGUAAUACUUGGAUAUCAUAUAAUGCUACCUCAAAGAAUCUCUCUGUGUUUCUUACUUAUGCCAACAAUCCAAAGUUUAGCGGCAAUUCUAGUCUUUGGCAUGUUAUUGAUUUGAGGGAGGUUCUGCCAGAAUUUGUUAGGAUUGGAUUCUCCGCCGCCACGGGUCAGUGGAUUGAGUUACAUAACAUACGUUCUUGGUCAUUCAAUUCAAGUUUGGAUAAUAAUGGUGGUGGGAAAAACAACAAGGUUGAAAUAGGAGUUGGAAUAAGUGCUGGUUUUGGCUCUUUAACUUGUGUUAUGGGUCUGCUAUGGUUCAUCUUUUGGAGGAAAAGAAAUGGGCCAAAAGGGGAAGAUUUUGAUGCUUCUAUGGAUGAUGAAUUUGAGAGAGAAGCUGGUCCUAAAAGGUUCACCUACAAGGAACUAAGCAAUGCAACAAAGGGCUUUGAUGAGGCAGGAAAGCUUGGAGAAGGUGGAUUUGGAGGUGUUUACAAAGGUGCUCUUGGAAAAUCCAACCUCGAAGUGGCGGUGAAGAGGGUUUCAAAAGGAUCAAAACAAGGGAAAAAGGAAUACAUAUCAGAAGUAAGAGUAAUCAGCAGGGUGAGACACAGAAAUUUGGUUCAACUGUUAGGGUGGUGUCAUGAGCAAGGAGAGCUUCUUCUUGUUUAUGAAUACAUGCCUAAUGGAAGCCUUGAUUUUCAUCUAUUUAAAAACAAAGUCAUGCUUACUUGGACAAUAAGGUACAAGGUAGCCCUGGGUUUGGCAUCAGCCAUUCUUUAUCUUCAUGAAGAGUGGGAACAGUGUGUGGUGCAUAGAGAUAUUAAGUCAAGUAAUAUAAUGCUCGAUGCAAAUUUCAAUGCCAAGUUGGGUGACUUUGGUCUUGCAAGGCUGGUAGAUCAUGAACUUGGCUCUCAAACCACUGUUUUGGCUGGGACAAUGGGGUAUCUAGCUCCAGAGUGUGUCACAACUGGGAAAUCAAGCAAGGAAUCUGAUGUUUACAGCUUUGGUGUUGUUGCACUUGAAAUCACAUGUGGUAGAAGACCAGUUGACUUAAAACAAGAGCCUGGUAAAGUUAGGCUUGUGGAGUGGGUUUGGGAGCUCUAUGGAAAAGGGAAGCUAGGUGAAGCAGCUGAUGAGGAGUUGAAUUGGGGAUUUGAUGGGAGGCAAAUUGAAUGCUUGAUGAUAGUUGGCCUGUGGUGUUGUCAUCCAGAUCAUACCAUGAGGCCCUCUAUUAGGCAAGUGAUAAGUGUCCUCAAUUUUGAAGCUCCUUUGCCUAGUCUUCCAUCAAAGUUGCCUGUGCCAAUGUACUAUGCACCUCCCAUGGAGAUGUGCAAAUUCUCAUACACUACAUCAGGAAUCUCAAGUACAACCAAUGGAUCUUCCACCUACUCAUCAUUGUCUGCAGGGUCCAGAAAAUCUCUAUUGUAGCAUAGAAAUGAUUUUAUUUUUUGAUAAAAGUCUUGUAUUGGACUUGUGAUUUAUGAUUGCAAAACUUUUUUUUUUCACGACUAUGUGCAAACUUUCAAAUCUCUUGUCAUGUACAAUAGUGCCCCCAUGAUAAACUAUCAGAUUGAAACAAUGUGGUAUUUUGUAAACACCGAGUGAGAAAGGAGUGAAAUAAAGUUGUAUUUUACACACAUCAAGAAUA